AUGUCCUCCUCACUACCCGCGGUCUACGUCCUCGUACUUGCUGUUCUCUUUGGCAGCGCUGGAUGGUUCGCGACUCGUAAAGGUCCUAACCAGACGCUGAUCCGGACGAGCAUCCUGCUCACCCUUGCGUGCUGCUACCUGAUGUGGAUGGUCACCUACCUCGCGCAAGUUCACCCCUUGGAACGUCCUAGGGUGCCGGCUGUAGCGGAGUGA